AUGUUCGCUAAAUUAGUAGCUGUGUGCGCUUUAGUCGCAGUUGCCAAGGCUGGUCUGCUCCCCGCUGCGGUCCACUACUCUCCCGCCGAGGCUGUCUCUUCGCAAAGCAUUGUGCGUCACGACCAGCCCCAUGGUAUCGCCAAGCUGGUAGCUGCUCCUGUAGCUAAGCUGGCUGUCGCCGCCCCCGUGUACCACGCGCCUGCCCCUGUCGCGUACGCGCCCGCCCCAGUCGCUUAUGCGCCUGCUCCCGCUGUAUACCGCGCCCCCGUUCAGUACACUGCCCCCAUCGCCAAAGUACUUGCACAGCCUGAGGAAGUUGCGUACCCUAAAUACGACUUCACUUACUCUGUCGCUGACGGCCACACCGGAGACAACAAGUCCCAGCAGGAAUCCCGUGACGGCGAUGUUGUAAAGGGCUCUUACUCUCUGCAAGAGGCCGACGGUUCUAUCAGAACUGUGGAGUACACUGCCGAUGACCACAACGGUUUCAACGCGGUCGUGCACAACAGCGCCCCCAAGGCCGCUCCCGCUCUCAUCAAGGCUCCCGUUUACGCGUCAGCACCUAUCUACUACAAGCACUAAGAUCAUUAAAACCACGUAUACCAAUGAUGUAGAAGAUUAAUAAUUUAUUUUUAAAUAUACGAAUUAGCUUCAAA